UUUCAAGUGUUACUCAUCCCUGAAACUCCAGAAUGUUGAGGCCAGCCAGGACAUUGGUGACGACUCUUCAACGUGUCAAGGAAUGCAGUCCAAUUUUGAGAUGCAGUCGGCAGAGAUCAGACAUAACAGAAUACGAAUCUCCUAUCACAGAUGAGUACAAAAGAGGACCUUCUGAAGGAAGGUCCUUGUAUAUGGAUGCACAGGCCACUACACCCAUUGACCCCAGGGUCUUGGACAAAAUGCUGCCUUUCUUCACAGCCUAUCAUGGCAAUCCUCACUCCAGGACUCACAUGUAUGGGUGGGAAUCUGAAGCUGCUGUGGAGCAUGCGAGGAAGCAAGUCGCUGAUUUGAUUGGGGCUGACAAAAAGGAAAUAAUUUUCACAUCCGGUGCAACUGAGUGCAACAAUAUUGCAGUGAAAGGUGUGGGGAGGUUCUACAAAGCGAAGAAAAAGCACAUUGUGACGACACAAACAGAGCACAAAUGCGUUUUGGAUUCGUGCAGAGCUCUCCAAGCAGAAGGUUUCGAAGUCACUUACCUUCCGGUCUUGCCGAAUGGCUUAAUAGAUCUUGAAAAAUUAGAGGCUGCGAUAAGGCCUGACACAUCCCUCGUAUCUAUAAUGACUGUGAAUAAUGAAAUUGGUGUUAGACAACCGAUCGAAGAAAUUGGCGAAAUGUGCAGGAAGAAAAAGGUAUUUUUUCACACAGAUGCAGCCCAAGCGGUGGGUAAAAUUCCAAUAGACGUGAAUUCAAUGAACAUUGACCUGAUGUCCAUCAGUGGACACAAAGUCUAUGGCCCCAAAGGGGUGGGAGCUCUCUACGUUCGCAGAAGGCCCAGGGUACGCGUGGAACCCAUUCAGAGUGGAGGAGGGCAGGAGAGAGGGAUGAGGAGUGGUACAGUGCCGAGUCCUUUGGCUGUCGGGCUUGGAGAGGCUUGUGAAAUCGCUGGCGCUGAAAUGGAGUACGACAAAAAACACAUAACGAGCCUCGCAAAUCACCUGAUCGACAAAAUAACAGCGAAUAUUCCGCAUGUGGUACGAAACGGGGAUCCAGUUGCCUGGUACUCAGGUUGUGUGAAUCUGUCGUUCGCCUACGUCGAAGGUGAAUCAUUACUGAUGGCCCUCAAGGACGUGGCCUUGAGCAGUGGCUCAGCCUGUACCAGUGCCAGUCUCGAACCUAGUUAUGUUCUUCGAGCUAUUGGAGCCUCUGAGGACCUCGCACACUCCAGCAUUCGGUUUGGCAUUGGGAGAUUUACGACAUUCGAGGAAAUUGAUUACACUGCUGACAACACUAUUCGACAUGUUAAACGUCUCAGGGAGAUGAGCCCACUCUGGGAAAUGGUGGAGGAUGGCAUCGACCUGAAGACCAUUAAAUGGACUCAGCACUAAUUGAGAAUGUAUCUCGAAUUAUCGAAGAUUUGAACGAAGUAAGAUAAUGUUCUGUAAAUUUCUAAGUUGUAUAACUUCACUCAAUAAAAAUCUAUACCGUUCGAAA